AAACUCUUAAUACAUUAUCAUCAUCGCUUUAUAUGAUUUUGUUAAUGCAGAAGAAUUGUAUGAUUACUCGUCUAUCCCCUAAUGCAUAGAACUCGAUGUGCAACAAGUGGCUUACUCUAAAAGUGAAUAUCAAUAACACUUAAUUGAACAAUAUAAUCGGGUACCGACAAGUGCUCUUAAUCCAAGACAAAACACCAAGUUCCCACAAAGUUUGGAGAAACACACUCUCUUCCUCAGGCCUAAUAAAGAAACACAACUCAAACUCGCAAUAUAAAAACCAAAAGCCACCAAAUUUUUUAAAAAGGUCAUCAAGGGAUUCACAACAAUGUCUUCUUCACUUACAAUCUUCUUCUUCUUUGCUUCCACAUUCCUCUACUCUUCAUCAAAUUCAUUCAACAUCACUAACAUCUUAAACGAGCAUGAUGAUUUCUCAACUUUCAACCAGCUUCUCUCCGAAACUCAGCUCGCUUCUACCAUCAACAAACGUCAAACCAUAACCGUCCUCGUGGUUUCCAACGGCGCACUCUCUUCUAUCUCCGGCCAACCAACCGCCGUUAUCAAGAAAAUCCUUAGCCUCCACAUCGUUUUAGAUUACUAUGACCAGAAGAAACUCAAGAAUCUGAGCAAGAAAUCAGUACUCCUCACCACUCUUUUCCAAUCUAGCGGCCUAGCCAGAGGCCAGCAAGGGUUCUUGAACGCAACCGUUACGAAAGACGGAGACGUGGCGUUUGGAUCUGCGGUUCCUGGGUCUAGCCUUGAUGCUCAGCUUCAAGACACUGUAGCGUCACUACCAUUUAACAUCUCGGUGCUUCAUAUUAGUAGUGCUAUAAUGAUUGAUGUUAAAGGUGAUAAUGCACCUACUGCUUCUCCUUUGUCACCGGUAUCAUCUCCACCGCGCCCUGCAGAAUCACCUAAGGAUGAUGGUCAUGAUUUUGACGAGCCACCAUCCUCUGCUCCUGAUGCUGCUGCUGAUGGACCUUCCGAAAACGCCGGCUCAGCCAAUGGAGUUUCAAGGAUCGAUUCUCAGCCUGCGUUCACGUUUCCGCUGUUGAUGUCUUCCAUUUGGUGGUUCAUGGCUUGACUUCGAUGAGAAGCAGAGUGCAAAGAACUAAACAGAUCAGUUCAGGUUGUGGAAGGAAAGCCAAAAAAAAAAACGAUACAACAGACGCAGCUCGGGUGGCUGCAAAAACGAGAACACUAAAAGACUAAGCUUGACGAGUUCUACGAGGAAAAUAAAUUGAUUGAUACAAUAAAGAUGUUAAAAAUUGUAAAACUCAAAAAUUGUCGGAUAUCAUCUUUACUUAAGUUGAAGAUA